CGCACUGGUGCUGCACAGCCUCCGAUUGGCGAGGACUUCAUGGAUGGAAUUGGUUGCAGAAAUGCAAAACUUGUUGCUGGUUCCCUGAACGCGUUGAACUCACACAGCGCCAAGCGCCAGACAAGAGUGUGAUCUAUCUGUGAAUCGCUCCCAGCUGGAAUAGACCACACCAGACUCCGGAGCAGAAGGAGUGCGUUAUACAGUGUAAGAGAGCGAGGGAAAGAGCCGAUAGAGGUUCUGCGCCUUCUGCGCGCUUGGAGGGCACAUGACCAGGACCGGUUGGACUAUGCUGCCAAGCCGCUCAGUGGUGGUGGAGUGCGGGUAGUGCGUGCCCGAAGCUCUGGAACACGGUGGCGCAAAUACGGCUCCCCAGAUAGCCUUAAUGACAGGGCUGGAUUUUCCCUCCGGACUUUCUUUCAGACUUGUAGAAUUGUUAAUGGUGUAGUUUGAAGACAUUUCAUCCAGAACUGUGGGACAUUGUUUAUUUAGUGUUUAAAACUACGACCAAUUAACAUUCUAAUUGUGCAGGUUGCCGGUGGAUUUCUCUAUAAUGGGAUCUCGAAAAGACACGCCAAAUUGUGCGUCCUGACUCCUGGGACAUUUAACAAGCAACUGGAAUUAUAAAGUGGACGAAGAAAAACUAUCUAUGAUCAAUUAGGGAAGUAUUUUUAUGAAGUUUGUAAAGAAGAAAUGUGCCCAGAAAACUUUGGAAUAUGAUAUUAUACCGAAGUAACAUUGCAAGUGCACACGUUUUGUUUUAUUUGUAAGUUGUAGGAAUAAACCAUACGCCACUAAACACACGGGAACGAGUAAGCUUCAUUGCAAAUAUGUCCCUUUUUUUCGUCGCCACACUUGAUGGACACAUUGGAUAUUCGAAAACACAAUGAGUUUACUACUUGGGUGAGUGAGUAGAUUUAAGAUCCAUUAUCUAAUUUCUAAAUCAUAGGUUUUUAUGAUAUGGAAAUAGCCUAUAUGGUCUCCUGAGACAUUCUUUUAUAUUCGUUUUUAUCCUCUUUUUUUUCUUGUGGAGACGGACGGACAACAUAUUUAAACUAGAUUACCUAAACCAGGCGUGCUGGCGGUCAUGCGGGAUUGAUAGCGUGGAAGUAUGUUUGGGCUGGAGCAGUUUGGUUCUCAGAUUAUUAGCAGAAACCCUGUCCAGUCAGAGAGAAACACAAACCAGCCAAGACUGAACAUGAGCUCCCAUUACAAAAGCCCAGGCUUUCAUGCCGGAGUCCCACCGAGAGAGCCGGGCAUGGGCCCACUGAACGAGCCUCCGAUGCUCGGGCUCAAUAUGAACAUGAACGGAGGGGAGCAGUACGGCGGUUUUCACCCACGGGGCCACUCGGACAUGCAUGCAGGCAACGGACUCCAGCAACAGCAAGGACCCAUGCAUGGAUUUUUUAACAACCAACAACCUCAUCAAGGUCAUCCUCAUGGCCACCAGCCUCACCCUCACCAACACCAUCCUCAUUUCAGUGGGAACUUUGGCGGCCCAGACCCCGCCUCAUCCUGUCUGCAUGGUGGCAGGCUUAUGGGCUACAACAACAAUGGCAUGGGGCCACAGCAAGGCUUUGGAGAGGGCUUUGACCCCCUCACUGAGGGCCAGGCAGGGGACAGCUUCUCCCAGCAACAGCAGCAGCGAUCUGGGAACAUGCCUGAGUUCCAGCACCACGGCCCCCCCAGCGGCAACCACGCGGUCCCUGCCCCCUGUCUACCUUUGGACCAGUCUCCUAAUCGGGCAGCAUCCUUCCAUGGUCUGCCUUCCUCCUCCUCUUCCUCUUCAGAGACCCAUGGUCUGGAGCCUCGGCGGAUUCCCAAUCAGGGUGCUGUAGAGGGCUUAGAGUAUAAUUUCCCCAGCGAGCCCCCAUCUGGACAUUUUGACGUACCUGUAUUUUCCCCCUCAGAAUCAGAGUCUCAACUGCCCCACUUUGGGGCAGGAAGGCCAGUGGCCGGUGGCAGUUUCCCUGGAAACCCAGCCAUGGCUCGAACACCGGCUAUGCAGGGCAUCUCCAAAGGGCACCAGCAGCCGCCCCCACCGCCCCAGCAACCUCAGCCGCCCCCACAGCACGGUGUGUUCUUUGAGCGCUUUGGGAAUAGCCGUAAGAUGCCCGUGGGGAUGGAGCCAGGGGUCAGCGCUAGACAUCCUCUCAUGCAGCAGCAGCCUGGUUUGAUAGCACGACAGAGCACAUGCCCCCCUGGCCUCCCCCGGCCCCCCCAGUCUGAGCCGGGCUCCACCAAUCCCAACAUGCUGGACGGUGGCGUCAUGAUGCCUGGCCAACACAACCAGUUUGAGUAUCCUAUUCACAGACUGGAAAAUAGGGGCCUGCACCCCUAUGGCGACCCCAUGUUUAAUAUGCAACAGCCGGCUCCACCUCCUUCCGCCCAACAGCCUCCGAAUCAGAGGCUGCAACACUUUGACUCUCCUUAUAUGAACAUGGCUAAAAGGCCCAGGUUUGAGUUCCCCAACUCACAUGGAGGGGAGAACUGUGGCACCUGGGGUAACAGCAUGCACAACGCACAGGGCAUGGAGAACCACCUCUCUCCCUCGGCCUACCCCGGUCUACCUGGGGAGUUCACCCCGCCAGUGACGGACGCUUUCCCCCCGGGUCCGCUUCAGCAUCCCGGGCCAGACCAGCAGUCUCUUCAGCAGCGUCAGAAUGCGGCCAUGAUGAUCAAGCAGAUGGCCUCUCGGAACCAGCAGCAGAGGAUGAGGCAGCCCAGCCUGCAGCAGCUGGGCCACCAUGGCGACGUGCCUCCCGGCCCCAUGGUUCACGGUGGCCCAGUGGGGAACAUGGCUCAGCCCAGCUUUGACAGGGAGAGCGGGGGACGGAUGCCAAACUUCGAGGGUCAGAACCCUCACAUAACUCAGGAGACCUGGUUCCCCGGGCCCCACCCACCUGGAGAGAUCAUGUCACGGCGUAUGGGAGGAACGGGAGGAGAGACCGGGAGCCACGACAUGGGCCUUCCGCAGAACGGAGCUGGAAUGAUGUUCAGGCCGGGCAUGAAUGGGAUGGGCAUGCAGGAGGCAAUGAGGAUACCUGUAGAUGGCCACGUACAGGCCCUGCACUCGCCCGGCAUGCACUCCCAGUUUGGCAACAACAUGGGCAACCUCUCCCAGAUGCAGUCCCCCGGCGCCGGACACCCCAACGCCCCUUCAGAGAGGCGGCCGGCUGACUUCCCUACUGGCCCACCCAUGGGAGCUCAACCAACGUUUCCUUAUGGAGGGUCUAAUCGGCAGGGGGCACCUCAUAGCAAUCCCCAGGGGGUGAACACCUCACCGGGGACCUACCCUCCACAGCCUGAGUUUCCACCAGGUCAGCGCUCCUCUGUCAGUAAGCUAGGGGCGCUCUCCCUGGGGAACUUUAGCAAAACCAGCACUAAAGACAAUGUUUUCGGUCAGAGCUGCCUGGCGGCCCUUUCCACGGCCUGCCAGAACAUGAUCGCUAGCCUAGGGGCCCCCAACCUGAACGUAACAUUCAACAAGAAGAACCAAAACGAGGGCAAACGAAAACUGAGUCAGACGGAGCAGGACAUUAAUAGCAGCACAGCUAACGGGACUGGCAGUGCUGGUCCUGAAUAUUUUCAGAGCGGCACUGGUACUACCCAGAACGGCCAGAUGCCUGGCCCCGGGAAUAGCAACAUAAAGCCUGCAGGUCAAAACCAGACGGUGCAGGGGGAAGCCAGUGCCCUCUCCCCAAAUUACAACAUGGACGCUACCCCAUGCAAUGAGGGGAAAGCAGCAACAGGGAAUGGGAGAGGGAGAGGGAGGAGAAAAAGGGACAGCGGCCACGUGAGCCCCGGAAUCUUUUUCUCUUCUGACAGCGGAAACCCUGUUGUAAGUCCAGGCCAGCAACCCCCUUCAGCUGGCAUUGGGGAGAGGGGUGGGGGUACGCCCCAUGAGAAACCCCUCCCGUCCCCGUCCUGGGGAAAGGGAGGUGACCUGAUGCUGGGGGACCAGGCGGACUUGAUGUCGUCUCUGGACAGUGGUAUUCAGAGUGUCACAAAGUCUAACAGCAGCUCGCCGCACGUGGACUUUCACGACGACGUUAGCGCCCACUAUGGCAACGAGGAUGAGGUGUCCUCUAGCUCAGACGCAGGAGGUGCUGCCGUCUCCAAGCCCAACCGCAGCCCGCACAUCACCAGCUCACCCAAGCUGCAGAGGGCUGAACAUGGCCUGGUUAAUGUCCAGAAGCCCCUGGGCAUACAGGGCAUCGCUAAUCACACUACCUCAACACCCGACAGCUAUGGACUGAGUGCUGGUGGGGGAACAGUGGGCAACGGGGUCGGUCACCCGGGUACACCUGGGAUGGAACAGGUACGCACCCCAUCCAGCACCUCUGGCCAGGAUGAGAUCCACCCUCUGGAGAUACUGCAGGCCCAGAUACAGCUGCAGCGGCAGCAGUUCAGCAUCUCCGAGGACCAGCCCCUGGCCAUGAAGAAUGGCAAAAAGGGUGCCGACUGUCCCUCACAGAACGCAGACAAUGAGUUGGCGAGCUGCAGCCCGGAUGCUGGGAAGGGCUCAAUGGGCACUAUUGACCUUGACACUCUGAUGGCAGAGCAGCAUGCCACCUGGUACGUGCCCAGCGACAAGGCCAUGAUGGAUGGGCCGGAGGAUGACAAGGCCAUGGCACCCUGGGAAAAAACUAAGAGCCAGAAUAUCAGCAAAGAAGGGUGAACAACUACACGGAGAAGAUUAAUAGGUUUCAGAGGAGAUGCGUUUUCACAGCGGGGUUUCCCUUCUACACAUCUGUUUGUUUUGCUAUUACUACGGGAUAAUACAGGCCUAAGGGUCUGAAGACAGUGGAUUGAUUUUAGAUUAGCCCAUAUUGGGAAGGGCGGCAUUGCCAGCAUGGAUGAAUAGUGAAAUUAUU